UGACGGUGACGUAUUUCCGGUGCCAUCAUCGUGAAGCAGUUAGGCUGCCGGAAGCGGAGAAGAAGAAACGGUUUGUUGUUGCGUUUCACAGACGCGUCGAAAGCUGUGGUCUCACCUGGCGGACAGGAGUCACAUCCCCACCUCCUCUCAGCGGAUUUUCUGCAGGUCGAAGGUCAUGGCACUGAUCUCUUUGGAGGAUCUCGAUGGAUUGGAUGAUGAGCAGCUGGACGAUGACAUCACAGACAACCCCGAGCCAAUGGGUGAAGAUGAGUCGGAGCGGCUGAUGAGUCACUGGCAGGCCGUCGCCAGCACACACCAGGUGUCAGUUCCUCAAGAAAUGAGAGGACCCAUACAGGAAAUGACACGCAACAGCCAGCAGAGGGAGCCCCUCCCCUUCACACCCAUCUCAAGCCACGAGAAGGUAAAUGCCAUGACCCUAAACCCUAACCCCGCCCCCCUCUCCGUUAGUGCUGACGUGUGGUACCACCCACAGAUGGGGGAGGUGCUGUACGAGGAGCGGCUGUACCCGGCGGGUCACUGGGCGUCCGUGACACGGGGAGACGACCUGUACGAGCAGAGCAUCUCCAUGGCCUUCAUGAAGCUGAUGCGCUUCAUCUGCAAGGAGAAUUCUGCAGGUAGAUACCUGGGGAUGACCGUACCCAUCAUCAGUUACAUCCGCAUGGCGAAGGAUGGCAAGACGUUCGAGAAGGAUGUGGAGACGGCGUUUUUCCUUCCCGCCGCGCUCCAGCAGAGCCCGCCGCAAUCCUGCGACCCUGACAUCAGCAUCGUCUACAGACAGCCAAUCAGAGUGGUCACCAGGCCGUUCUUCGGGACGACCACGGAGGAGACGGUGGGCCGGCAGAUCCUGCUGCUGUGGGAGAUUCUCGGCGCCACUGACGAGCUGCACAGCGAUCGGUACGCCGUGGCCGUGUACGAGAACCCGGGUGUGCCGCGACGCCGGAACGAGCUCUGGUUCAUCAGGCGUGAUCUUUAGGCUCCUCCCAUCAUGCUCUAUUUCAGCACGUCCACUCACAGCUUCCUGUCAAACUGACAUCAGAGCAGUCAUCUGUUAUGAGGACACUAAGCCCCACCCUUUCUAUUAGCUCACACUUCACAGGUCUGUUCUGAUUGGCUGGAGCAAGGCGAUGAUGCCAUAAGGGCUGAUUGUGAUUGGUUUGUUGGUUUACUUACAUCAUGUAACAUUUAUUUACAAAGACAAAAAGGAGGCUCCGCCCACAUCUUUUCCAGUAAUGCAAUCCUCAUCGGUGAUGCAAUCGUGACCGCUGCCGUGGCGUCCAUUCGCAUCUCUUUGAAUUUCUGCAAAACAGGAAGUGACAUGGUGUCGGUACUGGCACUUCCAGUUUAGUCUGAUUGUAGCAACCAAUCAGCUGAAAAAGCCACCUGAAAAGAACCCCUCCCCCUGGUCCCGUCUGAAGACUGAGGUAUUGAUAGGGAUGGGUAUCGUUUAGGUUUUAUCCGAUACCAGUACCAAACCGGUACUUUUGAAACGGUGCCGGUGCUUAAAGAAUCAAGAACACAAACUUUGUCCAAAAAGCUCUCAUGUUCAGCUGUUUUUUUGUAAAAAGAUAACAAUGUAAGCCUUUUCUGCAGCUAUAGGGCAUAUAUGGUAUCACUCUUGGCUGGAAGCAGUGCUUAAACAAUGAAAAAAACACAAACUUUGUCCAAAAACCUCUCAAGUUUAGCUGUUUCCCACUUUUUCUUUGGUCAUUUUAGCCUUGUUGGCCAGGGUGAAGGGAGUAUCUGCCAUCAAACAAGAAGACAGCCGCAUGUAACUACGACGGUGUUUGCUAGUUCACCUUACAUGCAUUAAUGUAACAACGUGGUUAGCCUACUCAACGUAAAUUACACACGAACAACAUUAAGCUACUCACGCAGAGAAGAACGGCUGCUGCUGCCAUCAUCAUCCGUCAUCAUUUCUGCUACACUGGCAGGGCUAGGGGCCAGGACUCUCCUCUUCGGGUUCUUGGGGGAUGUUGCUAACUCCGGGUCCGAUAACAGGCACCACACCUGCAGUAGUGCUCGGUGUGAGGUCUCGCAGCAAGCUAUCAAAUACGGUGCAUUUCUCGGCUUUAAAAAAACGCUAUGCGUCGCCAGGUGUUUCAUCAGAUUCGAGGUGUUACCUCCUUUGACAGUAUCACAGUAUCACCUUAAAGCACUUGUUGCAGGCUGCUGAGUUUGCAUCUUUUGCUGUGAAGUACAGCCAGACUUUUGACCGCUUCGCCUUGGGCAUUUUUAAUCUGUAGCUCUGCUCUAAAAGAACGUACGUACCUGGACCCGCCUACUACUCUCGCAAAGGUAAAAUGAUUGGCUAGAAUCCAAAGUGUAUGACAUCUCAGUAAAAAAAAAGCACCGAAAUGUGCGCUGCUUUUCGGUCUGGUUACUACCGUUUAUGUCAGAACCGGUGCCAUACCGGUACCCAUCCCUAGGUAUUGAUCACAUGAUCAACGGCAGCCUGAAACCUUAACACAUGUGGUCGAGUGCGGCGAGCCCGAAGGUCUCAUACAUGUCAUCGCCAGAGGGGGGAGGGGUCACGGGUCAGUAUGUUUUUUAUGCGCUGACAUCACCAGUGCGUUCAGAUGAUUCCUCUAAAUCAUUCAAGCACAUCACACGUCACAUGACUCCUUCAGACAUCUGGCCGUCUCGCGUGUGGUUCCUCACAGGACUGUGAUGUCACUGUGAUGUCAAAGGUUUUGAAUGUUGUGCAGAUUUUGUGUGUUGUUUUUGUUUUUCCUGCUUUGUGUAAAAAUCUUGAAAUAAAAUGUUUGAUUUCAACAAA